AUGUACUUCGAGUUCGUCGUCCACAUCACGGAGGACCCUCACAGUAAGAAGAGGGUAUCAGACAAGUUCGCGGAGUUUCUCGCUGGCCGGGAGCCGGCCGAGGUGCACCUCCGGGAAGCCAGUUGCGGCUUUUGUCACUGGCCAGUUGAGGUCCUUUUCGAAGGGCAAGGAUCCAUGUACCUCAACCGUGGCUUCGACAAGUUUUCUCGCGAGCAUAACUUGGAGGUCGAGUGCCUGCUGCACUUGUUCUAUGAAGCUGACGCCGAGAUGAACAUCAAGGUGUUUGAUGAGUCAUCUUGCCGCAGGCACUACCACGACGACGACUCCGGUGACGAUAGCGGCAACAACGACGGUCGGUUGUAG